GCCCACUGUUCAAUUACUAUAGCAUAAUAUCAUGAACAUGUAUACCUCCAUUUUCACCUCCCUCACUCUGUCUCUGCUGGCAGCAGUGUCAUCUGCCCUACAAACCGGUCAUGACCCUAUCAUCUCCCAUCUUAACACCUCCCUCCCAGCCGCCAUCCCACCCAGUCUCGAUCCCUUCUAUACCGCCCCGGUUGGUUUCGAAUACACCACGCCGGGCACAAUCCUCCGUAUCCGGCGCGCACCAGGAAACUUUACUGCUGUGAUGGGCUCCAACUGCUCUGCAGCAUACAACAUUGUCUAUCGCACAACCAACAGCCGCUACCUUCCCUCCUGGUCCGUCACCACCCUCCUCAUCCCUUCCACGCCUCUCACCAACUCCACCGUCUCCGGCCUAGGUUCUGCUCUCCUCUCCUACCUAAUCCCCUACAACUCCGUCGACGUCGACUCCAGCCCCAGCUACAUUCUCUAUUCCAGCUCUACUCCCCCAUACGGAGACCAGUUGGGGAGUGGCUGGUUCGUUAAUGUCCCCGACUUCGAGGGCCCAACUGCAAGCAACGUUGCCGGUAUCGAGGAAGCUCAUGCCGUACUAGACUCGAUCCGAGCCGUGCUAUCUUCAGACCUCGGCCUCGCAAUCGACGCCCAGAAUGCGCUCUGGGGGUACUCCGGCGGGUCUAUAGCAGCUGAAUGGGCACUCGAAUUCCAAGAGCAAUACGCACCAGAACUCAAGAUCACCGGUGCUGCCCUCGGCGGCCUAGUUUGCAAUACCACAUACGUCUUUGACACCGUCGGAAAUACUAUGUGGGCAAGCCACGGCAUCGCGGGUCUAUUGGGCGUGACGUCGCAGUACCCAGACGCAUACAACUACAUACUCGACCACCUGAAGCCUAGCGGGCCGUACAACAAGACUACCUUUUUAUCUAUUCGUAAUAUGUCGUAUGAUCAAGGCCACGCAGCGUUUAAUGGGCAGAAUAUGUACGAUUACUUUAUCAAUGGGAGGGAUGUUAUGCAAGCAGAGCCGGUGAAAAGGGCGUUGCAGUUGAAUACCAUCAUGACGUAUCAUGGGGUUCCGCAGACUCCGUUGUUUAUAUACAAGGCUAUUCAUGACGAGAUUACGCCGAUAAAUCAAACGGAUGCGUAUGUGGAGAGGGUGUGUGGAUUGGGUGUGAAUGUUUUGUAUCAGAGGAAUACCCGAGGAGGGCAUGUGGAUGAGUUGACGAAUGGGGCUGCGAGGGCGAUGACGUGGUUGACGACGGUGUUGGAGGGGAGGUAUGCGAGUAUAUAUUCGACGACAGGGUGUAUAGUGCAGAAUGUGACGGUGGGAGAGUCGAAUACUGGUCUUUAGUUCUGUUACAUUACUUUGGGGUAGCUUGGUGUGUGAGUUGAUAGUUCAUAGUUGCCAAAAGGUACAAUCCGUCUUGUACAUAGUCAAUUUCUUUCUUGAUCUAGCUAUAGAAAGAAAAUUGGGAGGAAUUAUCUUACUUAGAUGCCGAUUUACAGUCCAUAUGCUUUCUUAGUUCAA